UGACACCAUAACUAAUGGGGAUGCAUUCAAAUUUCUUCAAACACUAUUAAUAAAUAGAGAAGAACUGAAAUAGCAAUGCAGACCACUUUUGUCCCUGCUUUGUCCAAAAUGUUGGUAAAUAGGAAAACUAGUUUUAAAGACAGUCAUCCGUUAUCUGACUUUGGCCCUGAUGAGAACCUGAAUGACAAUGCGGACAUCGACUGGGUCAAUAAAUCCUGGGUUCGGGGCCUGCUCCGAUUCUGCGCCUUUGUUAGCCUGGUGUCCGUCAGUCUCAACACUCCCGAGAUGUUUGCCAUCAGCAUCCACCUGAUGUAUGUUACCUUCAUCUUUGACCUGAUUGUUACCUUCCUGUUUUCCGCCGAAAUGCUCGCCAAAAUGCACAUCAGGGGUAUUGUUAAGGGUGAGGCCCCUUACAUCAAGGAUCGAUGGUGUCAGUUUGACGGCUUUAUGGUGCUCUGCUUAUGGAUGUCCUUGAUUUUACAAGUAUUUGAGAUGACGAAGAUUGUGGAUAUGUAUUCCUACUGGUCCAUUAUAAGAUUUCCCCGCCCACUCAUUCUGAUCAGAUUAUUCAGAGAGAAGCUUAAAUUCCAGUUGCCCAAACAGAGAAUCAACACAAUUUUUAAGCGGUCGCGGAACCAGAUUAUCAAUGUGACAACCUUCUUCCUGUUCUUUAUGUGCCUGUAUGGAAUCCUGGGAGUGCAGUUCUUUGGGGAGCUGAGGAAUCACUGUGUCAGGAAUGGGACCAACCCCAGUAACGUGACGAAGGCUGACCUGAUGAUCCCCGACUACUACUGCUCUACCAACCCCGACUACGGCUACCACUGCACCAGCGGCAUGGUCUGUAUGCAGCUCAACCUCAGUAAUGUCCAGAGGGGCUUCGACGGAUUCGAUGAAUUCAUAACAAGUUUCUUCACGGUGUAUGAGGCCGCCUCACAGGAAGGCUGGGUGUUCCUGAUGUACAGAGCAAUAGACAGCCUCUACGCUGAGCUGGCUUUUGUGUAUUUCAUCACUCUCAUCUUUAUCCUAGCUUGGCUGGUCAAGAAUAUCUUCAUUGCUGUAAUAAUCGAGUCUUUUGCGGAGAUUCGAGUUCAGUUUCAACAGAUGUGGGGAUCCCGAGGUAGUGCCACCGAUUCUGAUUCUUCACAGGUGAUUCAGUGCGAGGGAAACUCGUGGAAGAUGGUGUUGAUUGAUGAGAACAAAGCCAAAGGAUUUGCCCCGCCCUUCUUCCAGAAGAUCCUCUGCUCCAACUUCUUCCACACCUUCUUCCUACUACUGGUCUUUGCUAACGCUAUCACUGGAGCCACUCUGUCAUUCAAAGACCAGGCCAGUAUUUACAACAAGCUAGAUGGGUUUUACUAUGCUGAGGUGGCAUUCACAGUCCUCUUCGACCUUGAAGCUCUUUUCAAAAUAUGGUGUCUGGGUUUCCAAGGUUACAAGAAGAGACCAUUUCACAAGUUUGAACUUCUCCUGGCUAUAGGAACAACUCUCCACAUUAUUCCUGACCUGUACAGGGGACAUUGCACUUAUUUCCAGGUGCUGCGAGUGGUGAGACUGAUGAAGGCCUCCCCGAUGCUGGAGGAUUUCUGCUUCAAGAUCUUUGGUCCGGGGAAGAAGCUAGGACACUUGAUUCUGUUCACUAUGUGUCUGCUGAUCAUCGCCUCCAGCAUCAGUCUACAGUUGUUCUGUAACAUCAGGGACUUUGACAAGUUUGGCAGGUUUGAUCAGGCCUUUAUGUCCAUGUUUCAAAUUUUGACACAAGAGGGUUGGAUCGAGGUGAUGCACGGGGUGAUUGAAGAGACAAUGACUGGGGGAUGGUUCCUUAAGGUGCUCUGCGCCAUUUAUUUCAUUUUGUAUCACCAGUUUGUGACUGUGGCCUUCAUGUCUAUGUUUCAAAUCCUUGCCAAUAAGGGCUGGACCGAAGUUAUGCAAAUCACAAUGUGGAAAACUGACCGGUUCUACCCGAUCGUAGCAAUCUAUUUCAUUUUCUACCACUUGUUUGUCACACUGAUAGUGAUCAGCUCCUUUGUGGCUGUCAUCCUUGACAACCUGGAGUUGGACGAAGAAAUCAAGAAACUCAAACAGUUGAAGGCCAGGGAGCAGGUUACAGAAAGUCAACAAAAAUUGCCAAUGCGGCUACGAGUAUUUACCAAAUUCCCGAACCACCCUCAGAUGGUGUACCUGUACAAGAUACCGAGCGACUUCAGUAUGUCCCAGGUAAGGGACAGCUUCAUGCGCCAAUUCUCCACCCCGGAGAUGAACCUGACCGUGGACAUUCAGGAGAUGAGUGAGGAGAACACCACCCUGGUCAAGUUCUCCCCCGUCAAACUGGUCAGGCAGGAUGUGGUGGGCUCCAAGAGUGGCGGCGCCAUGGAGAAAAGGAGUGGCAUAACACUUAUUGUCAGAGAUUCAGCCCAGCAGAAGAUGCAGGUGUGUGGGUCGACUCAGCUGGUGCCCACCGGGCCAAAAUCUCUCCUGUCUCAACAGUACCAGCUCAGGAUGGACAGGAGGAGUAUGAGAGGGUCUCGCCCUGGGAGUCUGAAGACACGAAGCAUGGGGGCAAAGGAGAACGGAGACAUCCACCUGGGAACCACCACCAGCUCCAUCCUGAACCGGACCCGCACUCCAGACGAUUACGACAUCAAAGUCUGGCAGCAGCGCAAACAACAGGCCGAAAUCAAGAGGAGUCAGCAAGAAGAGGACCUGAGAGAGAACCACCCCCUGUUUGACACACCCCUAUUCACUGUGGGGAGGGAGUCUCGAUUCCGUAAAGUAUGUCAGAUGAUUGUGAACGCCCAGUACAACUACACCCUGAGGGACCCAAUCACAGGGAAGGAGCUCAACAGUAAAUACAAGAGUGUACAUAAGCUGAGUUUCUGCAGUAAGUUGCUGGGUCUGGUCACCUACCUGGACUGGGUCAUGAUCAUGGUCACCAUCCUGUCCUGUAUCUCCAUGGCCUUCGAGACGCCAAAGAGACGAAUCAUGAAUACACCAGAGCUGCAGAUAGCUGAGUACGCCUUUGUGAUCUGUAUGAGUAUCGAGAUGGGCCUCAAAGUUCUGGCCAAUGGAUUUUUCUUUACUCCAAAGGGCAUCGUGAAGGACUUUGGGGGAAUGCUCAAUCUCUUCAUUUAUGCUGUAAGUGUGAUUUUCCUGUUCUGGAUGCCAGAGGAAGCGGAGAGAGACUCACCUGCCCAGGUGUUCAUGCUGCUCAGAUGUUUACGUCCCCUCAGGAUUUUUGUUCUGGUCCCUCAUAUGAGGAAAGUUGUGUAUGAACUCAUCAGGGGCUUCAAGGAGAUUAUCUUGGUCUCUGUGUUGCUGGUCGUCCUCAUGUUCAUGUUCGCCAUCUAUGGAGUCCAUGUUCUAGGAGGGAAACUGCACAAGUGUAAUGACCCCAGUAUCACCACCAAGGAGGAAUGCAGAGGAACUUUUUUCCAGAAAGUGUUUGUCACCAAGAUGAAGAUUCCUAACGGGACGGAGAGUGAUGCAGGCUUCUAUGUACCCAGGACUUGGUCCAAUCCUUACAACUUUAACUUUGACAACAUAGGCAGUGCCAUGCUGGCUUUGUUUGAAGUGCUCUCAUUGGAGGGUUGGCUGGAGGUCAGAGAUGUCAUCAUAGAGAGAGUGGGACCGGAACAUGCUAUAUAUGUCCACGUCUUUGUGUUCAUGGGAUACAUGAUUGGUCUGACACUGUUUGUGGGCGUGGUCAUUGCUAACUACAGUGAGAAUAAGGGAACAGCUUUGUUGACUGUAGACCAGAGAAGGUGGCUGGACUUGAAAGGGAGAAUCAAAUUGGCUCAACCAUUACACAUACCACCUAGACCAGGUAUAUUCCUUUUGUCAUCAAAUAUUUUACCAUCCAAGAAAUCACAUGAAUACAACCUCAACUUACACAUACCACCUCGACCAGGGAAAUCACACCAGACAAAAUACGGAACAAGCUUCCGGGCCAAGAUGUACGACAUCACACAGCACAAGAAGUUCAAGGCUGGCACCGUGUUCUUGAUCCUGAUCAACUGCGCUCUGCUCGGGGUGCCGUGGAAGUCAUCUGAUGCCAGACAGACCUUCAUCCUGGGCUCCCUGUCUGCAGUUUGUACUCUCCUGUUUCUCUGUGAGGUUGUGAUAAAGAUGAUUGCGCUGACCCCCAAGGGCUACUGGACCAGUAGAAGGAACCGCUUUGACAUGCUGCUGACCUUCCUGGGGAUUAUCUGGAUCAUACUACACUUUACAUUCAACCUGACUGGACAGGAGAGUGAUGCUAACAAUGUGUUUGGAGUGAUCAUCAUUGUCUUGAGAUUCUGCACAAUCUGUGGAAAACAUGCGGCCCUGAAGAUGUUGACACAGACUGUGGUGAUGUCCGUGUUGAAGAGUUUCUUCAUCAUCACCGGGAUGUUUCUGUUGAUUCUCUUCUACGCCCUCCUCGGAGUCAUCCUGUUCGGUACAGUCAAGCACGGCUACAACCUUGGAAGGCAAGCUAAUUUUGGGACCACCCCGAUGGCCAUAGCUCUCUUGUUCAGGAUUGUUACCGGGGAGGAUUGGAACAAGAUCAUGCAUGACUGUAUGGUGGCCCCUCCUUUCUGUACGAUUGAGGGGAACUUUUGGGAGUCGGACUGUGGGAAUGUUACAGCCUCCAUUGUGUACUUCUUCUCUUUCUACAUCAUCAUCACCUACAUUGUCCUCAAUUUAUUAGUAGCCAUCAUCAUGGAGAACUUCUCCCUGUUCUACUCCAAUGAGGAGGAUGCUCUGCUGAAUUACAACGACAUCCGGAACUUCCAGAACACGUGGAACAUCGUGGACGUCAACAGAAAGGGAGUGAUUCCUGUUCGGCGAGUCAAGUUCCUGUUGCGGCUCCUGAAGGGUCGGUUAGAGGUGGACCUUGAGAAGGAACGUCUUGUGUUUAAACACAUGUGUUACGAGAUGGAGCGCCUCCACGGAGGAAUGGACGUGUCAUUUCAUGAUGUCAUCAGUAUGUUGUCCUACCGGUCGGUGGACAUCUGUAAGAGUCUACAGCUGGAGGAACUUUUAGCCAGACAGGAACUGGAGUACACCAUUGAGGAGGAAGUAGCUAAACAGACCAUCCGGAACUGGCUGGACUCCUGUUUGAAGCGGAUCCGGGCAAAAGCUCCUCCACAUCAGAAGGAGCACACCAACCUGAUCUCCAACCUGCGCGCCACUAAUGAACAGCCACUGUUUACACUGACAGAGCAGCCAUCCAGUGCGGCAGAGAGCAGCGAGGACAACCGCAAUGAGAGCCCCAUCGUCAGGACCAGGAAGAAGGGAAUGGUGGAGCUGCAACCCCCUAACAUCCUGGUCCAGCCCCCACCUCCACCAUCUUUGUCUCCCACUCUGAGAACUUCUCCUAGAGUUGAGAAAGACAGACCCACCCUGAAGAAGCGGUCAGGAAGGCUCUCCUCAGGAAGUAAUUUCAAAGGGCUGACAGUGAACCUGAGCCAGACCUCAGAGAUAAAGGGCGAGACCCUGACCGUGUCGCCCCUACAGAAGACGUUCACCGAGAGCGUGCUAAUCGGAGAGAACGUGUCCACCAACAUACAGUCAUGGUGGGGGGACCAGUUCUCCCAGCAGCAACAGGAGCAUGAAAACUGACCAAGACUGAGCGGUCAGUGAGUGAGCAUUGUAUCAAACACAUGGUAUCAAACGGUCAGUGAACGGACAUUACACUGUCUGGCCCCGCCGUCGCCAACUUCCAACAAGUUAGUACUCGGGCACAAGUCCGAGUUUUCACCUCUAAUUUAUGUACUCUUCUUUGAGUAGAAAACCAAGUUGAGUGAUUAGACAAUUUUAAUGAUGGAGGGACCUGAUCAGUGAAUUGACAUUGCACCACUGCUGUAGAAUGAUAUGAAAGGAACAGCAGAAGGGGGCAGAGUUAUCAUAUUCAUUCCAGACUUUUGGAGGAGAAAUGUCAUGUAUAAAUCAUGUUAUCCUGUUUUGAUGGACAGGGAUGUUUAAGUGGUCAUGUGUUCUCUGACUAGUAAAUUUGUAAUUUUUUUGACAAUUGAUUGUUAGGUACAACAAGUCAUGUUAAACCUGACGAGUCGUUAUCUGUAUACAUGUAAGUUACCAUAUGGUAAUGAAGUCAUAAGGUAUUUUGAUUUGAUUGACAGGCUCAACAAGUUGUGAAAUCUGACAAGUCAUAAUAAUCUGUUUAUAUCCAAGUUAUGGUAUUUUGAUUGACAGGCAUUUUGAGUUGUUAGACAGGUUCAACAAGUCAUUGAUUUGAUUUACAGAUACAGUAAAAUGUUAAUAAUAUUAUUGACAGGUACAGAUCAUGUGGAACUUGAGCAAUCAAGAUCUAUAAGUUAUUUGGAUUGACGGGUUCAGUUCUGUGUAAACAUGUCCAAUGAUUGUGUUUAAAUGAUGUAAGAAAGUUGUGAAGAUGUCUAUUACUGUAACAUGUAGAUGUAGUUGGUUUGUGUGGACCGUGAAGUGAAGAAGUCUGGGCCUCCUGGCCAUUACACUGAGGUACUGUUAGCACUUGACUGUAACAGAGUCUAUGUAUAGGUGGUUAUGGGGCACACUGUGUGAAAGAAAUCAUAGUGUUAGCUUUGUAGUGUGUGUGUUGUGUUAAGUUGUUACCUGUGUGUGUCCAUCUUACCAGGAGAAAGAGGUCUUGUUUUUAUAUAUAUAUAUAUAUAUAUAUUGUAUAAAAGGAAAUAUUGGCCCCCGUUUUAUUUUCGCCCCUUUCACCCUUGUUGUCAGAGGGCAAAUUCGAGACUGGGCGAAUUGUAGCAAGACAGAGUAAUCUCUUUUAACACAAUUGUGUUUGGGCAAAUUUAAGAUGGGAUGAAACUGUUCACAUGUGUAGAAGUGCGAAAAAAAUAAACCUGUAUACAGUAUAUUCAUCCUCUACAGGUUCCUCUUUUGAUUAUUGUUAUAAAACAUAUUUUUAUCAUACGUCUAUGAUUUCUAUACCUUCAAUGGUAGUGUGAACCAAAUAAAGGUGAUAAGACUGUGCAAUACACUCAAGUGCAAUAACUAUUUUUACUAUGGUCUGAAGUCUCUCAGAUAAAGUAAUUUACAGUGCUGUUCAUCAGCAUGUAAAUGCAAUGGUUCAGACCUUGAUCUCCUUCAAUAUGCAUAGGC